CUCUUACCGGGCGAACCUAGGGCUCCGAUAGGCGGGCGCCAUGGCGGCGGGUGACGGCGAGACUGUGGCGCUGCGGACGGAGGUCGCCGCGCUACGGCUGCGCGUGCUGGAGCUGGAGAGGGAGAACCAGAGGCUGGCCCAGAUUGCUUCGAGCUGUAGCUGCGGCGCCAAGGAGGAUACUGCUCCGUCCUCUCCAGUGGCUAGUGCAAGUUUGUAUGGCUGUGAUCAAGAAGUGCACAAAGGGAAACUACAAGAAAGUAGAAGUUCGGGCCAUGAUGCGAGCCUUCCAUUUGAUCAUGUGGCAAUAUCUACUGAAAAAGAAGUAGUGUGCAGCGGCAAUGAGGGAGGACACAGUGAUGUACCUAAAACCCGAAGAAAACGUGCUAAUAGGACAGGUCACAAAUUGGGGACUGUCAGUCACUGCCAAAAGAGACUAGUUGCCCUGAAAAUCAUGUACUUUGGCCAGAGAUUCUAUGGCUUUGCUUCGGAAGCCCAAACUGAACCAACGGUUGAGUCUGAGGUAUUUAAAGCACUUGAAAGAGCAAGACUGCUGGUCAACAAUAGGAAAGAAUCUUGCUAUUCUAGGUGUGGAAGAACUGACAAAGGAGUUUCUGCUACUGGACAGGUAAUUUCCUUAUAUUUGCGAUCGAACAUGAACGAUGCAGGAGGGAAUGCAUUUGAUGAAAGAUAUGAGAUUGAUUAUGUUGGAGUAUUGAACAAAACCCUUCCACGAGAUAUACGUGUAAUAGGUUGGUGUCCUGUUGCAGCAGACUUUCUUGCAAGAUUCUCCUGCUUGGGCAGGGAAUAUAAGUACCUGUUUUGGAAGGGGAGCUUGGAUAUACCGAAGAUGCAGAAUGCCGCAUCUAAAUUCAUCGGGGAGCAUGACUUCAGGAAUUUCUGUAAGAUGGAUGCCACAAACGUGAGUAACUACAAGCGACGCAUUACAGAUUUUGAUAUUUCUGCCUGUGACCAAAGGUCGAACGAUGAUGAGCUCUGGGCCAUGACCAUCAAGGGUAGUGCCUUUCUGUGGCAUCAAGUUCGCUGCAUGGUAGCUGUUCUUUUUCUUAUAGGUCAAGGCCUUGAAUCACCAUUUGUAGUUGAUUCACUCCUGGAUAUUACGAAGACUCCUAGAAAACCUCAGUACACAAUGGCACCAGAGCUUCCAUUGAUUCUACGAUCUUGCCUAUUUGAUAAUGUCAGCUUUAUGUGCUCAUCAGAUACCAGGCAGGCAUUGAUUGAGCACUUCAAGGAUGAAUACCAUCAGUAUAUGCUCCAAGCUGCCAUAUAUUAUGAGGCUUUGUCCUGUUUAUCUUUUCCAGGGCCUAACCCAUUUGAAUCUCGUCAUAAGAAGAGAAACCAUAUUCCUCUCUUGUCACGACAAACAGAGCCUUCUUAUGAGGAGCGCACAUCAAAAGUCAAAGCAAAAGCAGCAGUGCUUAAAUGAGUGCCUGCCAUCAAGUAGUACCACCCGGAGUUUUGAAUUCAUGGGUUGAGGUCUUUGAAGAUGGGUUCUUCUGAAUGUUCCAAUUAUCCAGCACCAAGGUUUAAUCUGCUUCUCCCAAGUUCAAGCUUUUGGUACUUUUUGGUGAUGGGAACUAAGGAAGAAGUUUCAUCAUUCAAGAUCCUUGAAGCUUGGGUUAUGCUUAUGCACCACCCUGCUACUUACUCCAACCUUUUGACAGGCGUUCUUGUACGGAUCAUAUAUAUGUGUAUUGUAGAGGCUGUAAAAUGUUUACAUUUUGACCUGAAUCUUAUUGCCAUUUCAUGGUGCAAGCCGGCUGGUUACUUGUAGUUGGCAUCUAAGCAACACCUUACACCCCUAUGAGAUGCGUUGCUCCAAGGUCGAAUCAUUUGUUUUCUCAA